CUGGCAGCUAAUUGCUUGAACAUUGAAUCUGGUGGGAAUUUGAAACUUGGUGACACAUUUUUGGUCACUUCCAUAAAUUUACUAUUAUGAGUUUUCUAUUUGGAUCAAGAAAAACACCUGAAGAGCAACUCAGAGACAACAAAAGAGCUAUAGCUCGAGCAACAAGGGAAAUCGAGAGAGAGAAAACCCAACUAGAAAGAGAUCGUGUUAAAAUUACAAAUGAAAUCCGAAUGUUAGCAAAGAAGGGGCAGAUAGAUGCUGUGAGAGUGAGAGCUAAACAGAUUGUUCGAAUGGAUAACUAUAUCAAGAAAUUCUCACUAAUGCACUCCAAUUUAACAGCUUUAUCAAUGAAAGUUCAAACCAUAAAAUCAAGUGCAACGAUGGCUAACGCUAUGAAGCAAGUUACAGUGGCGAUGAGACGAAUGAACGCAUCCAUGCAGUUGCCACAGGUCCAAAGAAUCAUGAUGGAGUUUGAAAAGCAAACUGAAAUGAUGGAAAUGAAGGAAGAAAUGAUGAACGACGUAAUCGAUGAUGCCAUAGGAGAAGAUACUGAUGUUGAUGAUUCUGAAAACAUCGUGAACAAGGUUCUUGAAGAGCUCGGAAUCGACCUCAAUGCCCAGCUUAGUGAUCUCCCAACAGCCAAGGAUACCGUUGGCAGUGGUGCAGUCGCAAAUCCACUGAAACCUCGCGCUGUUGCUACAGAUGGUAUCUCAACUAUUGAAAACCCUCCUGCCUCUGGCUCCACUGACACUAUUGAUGAAAAUGACUUGGAAGCUCGAUUAGCACGUCUUAAGAGAAAGUGAACUAUCAUAUCAUUUCCGAUUCAGAUGUCUGUUUUCCACUUCCCAGACUAAUGAUGACAACUUGUGCUUCUGUAAAUCCUAAAAUUCUUGAUUAAGCAUAAUAAAUUGCUGUCAGACCAUGGAAUAUGCUAAUCGAUUUUUUCAUCCAUAUGAAUGACUUGCUUUUUACCUAAUAUGAUAUUGAAACCUUCGCCUUUUAUGCAAAGGCGGUUUUUUUUUACUUAUUGUUUAGUAAUUUUAUGCAGUUUACUGCUCAAGAUUUCUUUAAUUAUAUAAGAAUUUACUUUCUUGAAACUAUGUUGUUGUUUUUUUAAUUUUACGGCCAGUUUCUAUUUCUAACAGCCAGUGUUGUUGAUGUUAACAGUUAUUCUAUAACAAUUCCUCACUUCCUAUUGGUUGUUGCCUAAUGUACUUCUUAAGUCGACAGAUUAUAUGUGAAUCAAUCGCUUUCAACUAUAACAAUCCUGUCACAGGCAACACUUGACUGUAAUAAUCCUUUCGCGCUCCCUCAAAGUAAAUAUAUGUAUAUUUUGGUG